AUGGUUUCAAUCAAGACAUUCCUCGCUUCCUCAGUCGCUCUCAUCGUUGCAUUCGCCAAUGUUGAAGCUGCUGUUUCUCCUACUUAUCCUUCUCCUGGUACCAUCCAAAUUGAAGGUCAAUCUUAUGAUAUUACCUGGACUUUCGACGGCAAGGAUCCCAAAACCACCUACACCAUUGAUUUCAUGACAGGCUCAAACGAUGCCCAGACCAAAUUACAGACUGUUGCCACUAAAGUGCCUGCUAACCAAUUGAAGUAUUCUUUCGUUGCUCCUCAAGUAUCACCUAACUCUGCAAUUUACUUCUUCAUGUUCACAGGUUCUGAUGGUGUCUCUGCCUGGACCACUCGUUUCGGUAUUGCUGGUGCUGAUGGCAAGCUCGUCGCAGAGACCGAAAAGACUCAACCCAAUGGUGAUGCCAUUCCUUGGGGUACUGGCAAGCUUCUUAGCGGUGCUGCUGUGAGCGCCAAUGCCUCCUCAGCCGUCUCUGCUACUGCUUCUGUCUCAUCUGUCUCAUCUGUCAUCCCUGUUGCCUCUUCAUCUGUCGCCUCUAGCUCUGCCGACAUUGCCGUCGCUGUCGCUUCAUCCUCUGCUAGCGCCACUGUCAUGCCUGCCGCUGCUUCCACUCCUGUCCCCUCUGUUGCUCAAGUCGUCCCCAACAAUAACUCCAGCAGUGCUACCAUGGUCAAGCCAGCUCUUACCUUGGUCUCUGCCGCUGUUGCCGCCUAUUUCGCCCUCUAA